CACAGCCUUAGAUAUCAUUCUGUGCUUACAAGUUUAUAUUUUGACUUAGCCAAGGAAGGGACAGUUUGCUAUAGUAACUCAGCAGCAGCAGUAGCAGCAGACCAGAAAUAAAGGAUUUUGAAAUAUAAUAGGACUGACUGCUGCUGGAUGAAAACGAGAAUUGGAGCAGCCAGCAGCAUAGAUCCUCAGUAAGGGAAAAUGCAAUGAAUCUUUUUGGUUACAAAUGAACAAAAAGCGCUGUGUAAAAGCUGAGCACACUGGGACUAUUAGUACUUCUUGUAUUUGUUUUUGGUUUAAAGAAAAAAGAAGCAAGCUUAACUGAUGGCAUCGUUUUCUAGCAAUACCAAUUGCUUUAAUUUGUAGCAUGAUUUAGCUGCUGGGUUUGUGCUUGAGAGCAGCAGAAACCAAAGAGCACAGGAUUUUUGCACUCCCUUAACUUUCUUUUUGCACCUUGGAAAGAUGGAGAAUGAAGUGGCAAAAACAGUGGAUAACCAAAUGGAAAAAUAUAUAGUUACAAUAAUGGGGAAGUCAGAGAGCCAAAUGGAUAUAGUUGAAAAAUCUAGUAAAUCUGUGAAGAAAUCUUGGAGCUUUGUAGAAAUUGGGCUUUCUGUUCUGCUGUCCUUAAUGACUUGUGCAGCGAUAGCACUUUUAAUCUUAUAUACAAGCAACAAAGAAAGUGUAUGCACAACAACAGGGUGUGUAACAGCAGCUGCAAGGAUUAUCCAAAAUAUGGACCCAACUAUUGAGCCUUGUACAGAUUUCUACCAAUAUGCCUGUGGUGGUUGGUUAAACAAACAUGUUAUUCCAGAAACCAGCUCCAGAUAUAGCAUUUUUGACAUUCUUCGAGAUGAAAUGGAAAUUAUCCUAAAGGGUUUACUGGAGAUGCCAGAGCAAGAGGACCGGGAUGCCUUUAAAAAAGCCAAAAUACUAUAUAAAUCCUGUAUGAAUGAAAGCUUGAUUGAACAGAGAGAUGCAUUACCUCUAAUAGAACUUUUAGCCACGAUUGGAGAUUGGCCAGUUGCUUCUACAGAUUGGAACGUCACCAAAGAGCCCUAUUGGAGUUUGGAGGAGAAGCUGUCACUUUUGAACUACAGAUUUAACAAAAGAGUUCUGGUGGAUAUGUUUGUAUGGAACGAUGAUCAGGAGUCCAGCAAGCACAUCAUAUAUAUUGAUCAACCGACUCUUGGCAUGCCUUCGCGAGAUUAUUAUUUCAAUAGUGGAAAUUACCAAAGGAUUAGAGAAGCUUAUCUACAGUUCAUGAUUACCAUUGCCAAGAUGGUUAGAGAAGACAGGAAUUUAACUAAAGAUGACAACUUUGUUCAGGAGGAAAUGACCAAAGUAAUGGACUUGGAAACAGAUAUUGCAAAGGCUACAGCUCCGUCAGAAGAACGAAAUGAUGUGACGUUGUUAUACAAUAAAAUCACACUCCAGGAAUUCACACAAAAGUUUGCACUAGAUGAUUUUAACUGGACCAGUUUUAUACAAGGUGUUAUGUCAUCUGUAAACAUCCAAAUUCAGACAGAGGAAGAAGUGGUGGUUUAUGGGGUACCUUAUCUACACCAGCUUAGGCCAAUUCUCUCCAACUAUUCAGCAAGCACUUUACAGAAUUACCUUGUCUGGCGUUUGGUAAUCGAUCGAGUCAGCAGCCUAAGCAGACGCUACAAAGACGCACGUUCCAACUACAGAAAGGCCCUUUAUGGAACCACAUUAGAGGAAGCUCGCUGGAGGGAAUGUGUGAGUUACGUGAACAGCAACAUGGAGAAUGCAGUAGGGGCUAUGUAUGUCAGAGAAACAUUUGCUGGUGAGAGCAAAAGGAUGAUCAGUGACCUUAUAAAUAAAGUUCGAGAAGCCUUUAUUGAGACUCUUGAUGAAUUACAGUGGAUGGAUGGAACAUCAAAAGAAAAAGCACGAGAGAAAGCACUGUCGAUAAAAGAGCAGAUAGGAUAUCCUGAUUAUAUUCUGGAAGAUCAGAAUGAUAAAUUAGAUCAGGAAUCUGCAUCAGUAAAUUUUAGUGAACAUCAGUAUUUUGAGAACAUCUUGGAAAUCUUAAGAGCUGGGGCACAGAAGAGCCUGAAAAAGUUGAGAGAACCAGUUGAUCAAGACGCAUGGAUAAUUGGUGCAGCAGUAGCAGAUGCUUUCUAUUCCCCUAACCGAAACCAAAUCGUAUUUCCUGCUGGAAUUCUUCAGCCUCCAUUCUUCAGUAAACAUCAGCCUCAAGCAUUAAAUUUUGGUGGCAUUGGAAUGGUAAUUGGCCAUGAAAUUACUCAUGGAUUUGAUGACAACGGAAGAAACUUUGACAAAGAUGGUAAUAUGUUUGACUGGUGGAGCAACUUUUCUGCAAUGCAUUUCAAGGACCAAUCUAGCUGCAUGGUUUAUCAGUACGGAAAUUACACUUGGGAUUUAGCUGGGGGACAAAAUGUUAGCGGUAUUAUUACAUUAGGAGAAAAUAUUGCAGAUAACGGUGGAGUUAGGCAAGCCUAUAAGGCAUAUUUAAAAUGGGUGCAAAGACAUGGAAAAGAACCAAAACUUCCUGGACUGGAUCUAACAUACAAACAACUAUUUUUUCUGAACUUUGCACAGGUAUGGUGUGGCUCAUACAGACCUGAAUAUGCAAGACAUUCUAUUAAGACUGAUGUACACAGCCCUUUCAAAUAUAGAGUUAUGGGAUCCUUACAAAACUUUGAUGCAUUCGCUGAAGAGUUUAACUGCAAAAAGGGGACCAAGAUGAAUCCUUUGGAAAAAUGUCGGGUUUGGUAGUAGAAAGGGCAAUGGUCCAUUGGAAUGUGUUUCAAUUUCAGUCUAAAACAAUCUGCCAGGCUGGCUUAGAAAUAUUAAACAGCCAAAUACGCUCCUGGUGUUUCCCAUGUUCAGAUCCGAGCCAUUGUGUAUGGUGCAGGUAUUCUGAGUUAAGCAGUGAGAGGCAUAAUGUUUUAGGGUUGCUCUAAAAUAAAUGCGUGAUGCAAAUCUACUGUCUGAUUAUCGCUAGAGAAGAAAUGUAAUAAAUGACUGUUUUAAAUGGCGUGACUGUUAUAAAAUUACCGCUGUCAGGUUUUCAAAGACUAGUUAAAAAAAAAAAAGAUUUAUUUUUUUCCGCAAGUUGUAUUCACUUUUCCUAUUUUGAUGUAUGUCUAUGUCGUCCAAGAGUUUAUCAUUACCAUUAGAGAUUGAAAGUCUAACCAUUUCAAGUAUGGAAUUUUUAGUAAGAUUGCUAUAGGAAUGUAGUAUAGUAUUAAUAGACUUUCAUAUGAAUCGUACUGAAUGUUACUCGAUAGCUAAAGUAGAAUCAGUAAAGAUAUACAUUACAAGACAGUCUCGUACACUUUCGCCACGAAAUAUAAUAUCUGUAUAAAAAUCAACACAAAUUAUAUAUUUUUUCCCAUUCUAUAUCUUUCUAAUAAGCAAAAUUCUUUGUAGGAAAUAACUAUCAGAGAUAUAUAUAUCUUAAGCUUGUGAUUAUUUAGUGCUUUUGUGAUAAUAUUUUGCUGCUACAAAUGUAUUUAAAUUAGUAUUGCUGGAGAUAUCCUUAGAUUAAAAAUUAAAAUAACACAAAAUGUUUUUGAUGUUAUAUUACCUACUGUAUAAUAGAGGUAAACAUUGCUCCAUUUGUUAUUAUUACCACUUAUAUUAAAAAAAUAGAAUAAGUCAGAUGUUAGGGUAAAUUACUUUAUUUUUUUAAAGAAAUAAUAAAUGAGUGGAUCUCAAAAUGGAGAAAGAUGGGGCAUAAAUACAUUUAUUUUAGCAUUGCAAUUUUUAACGAAUGUAUUCAAAUUAAGUUUUCAUUAACUUCUUUAAACCACCAGAAAGGUUCUCACAUUGAAUAAAACUCAUUUAACUGAAUUUUGAUUUGACUUACUAUUAUGCAACCCAAAAUAUAUCAAAGCAAUAGAAAGGUCAAAAUGAAAUGUUUAUGGGUGCAUUUAAAUUUUGAAAAAUAAUUCAUUUUGCAAUAUACCUCCAUUAGCAAAAAUGAUUUUAGUUCGUUAUUGCUAUUUUUCAGUGGCAUAUGCACAUAUGCCAUGAGUGUUCCGUGCACCAGCAUUCAAACACCACACCUUUUCAGCCAGCCAGCAGUGGCUUGUAUGACACACAUUAUAGGGCCGAUUUAUCAUUUGUCUGGCGGACAUGAUCCGCUGUAGCGAUCAUGUCCUCCAGACAUCGAUAAAUGCCGACAGCCUACACUGUCGGCAUUUAUCAUUGCACAAGCAGUUCUGGUGAACUGCUUGCGCAAUGCCGCCCCCUGCAGAUUUGUGGUCAAUCGGCUGCUAGCAGGGGGUGUCAAUCAACCCGACCGUAUCCGAUCGGACUGAUUGCUGUCCGCUGCCUCAGAGGUAGCGGACACUGCUUAUUAACUCCUGCUUCUGGCGAGCCCGAAGGCUCACGCGGAAACAGGCGUAUAUGGCCCCAUUCGGGCCAUGAUAAAUCGGCCCCUAUGUCUUCACUGAUGCAAUACAUACUAAUGUCAGCAUCCUGAUGCUCUAGUCACACACGUAGCAUAUGUGUGUAUGCCGCUGCAACAGUAAUAACUUUUACUAGAAGGUUCUAUUUAAAAUUGAAAUGCACCAAUGCAAAUUUUCAAUGUUGUCCUUUUUGUCCAUUAAAGAUUUUUUUAAUUUACCAAGAAAGAAUUUGGAACACUUUUAAAUAUCUGUCAUGCUUAUCAUGCUUAUGAUGGGGCGGUUUUUAAAAAUUUAAAAAAUAAUUUUGCAUUCAAAAAGAUUGUUAUGUUUAUUUUGAUUUGGAAGCUAACACGAAGUACAACUGAACUUAAAGGGACAUUAAACACUAAAUUAAUGCUAGAUAGAAUGUUGUAUUCAAAGAAAAGAUUAGUAUGAGAAUAACACGUACUGUAGAUGUAUUGUUAAAGUUUAAUUAGCUGUUUAAAUAGUGACAAUAUAAGUGUAGUAACUUUUAGGGGCCAAAUUAUCAUUGGACAUGAUACGCUGUCGGCAUUUAACGUUGCACAAGCAGUUCUAGUGAACUGCUUGUGCAAUGCCGCCCCCUGCAUAUUCACAGCCAAUCGGCCACUAGCAGUGGGUGUCAAUCAGUCCGAUCGUAUAGGAUCGGUCGGAUUGAUGUCCGCAGCCUCAGAGUUGGCAGACAAGUUAACUGCUGUUUCCGGCGAGCUUUCAGGGGCUGUUCGGCCCUUGAUAAAUCAGCCCCUGUGUGUCUAUAAAACAAUGGGAGCUGCCAUGUUGUAAUUUAGGUUACCUUCUCUUCUGUGACCAAUUAGGGACAAUUAUAAAUAGGUCAGUAGAGUGUGCAGCCAAUAGCUGUGUGGAAUAUAACGGUGUUCUGCACUACCAUUAGCAGGAACUGAAAAGCUCAUAUAUAUAUAUAUAUACACACACACACAAUUUAUAAUUUUAUAUGAACAUCACAAAGUGUGUAAUGUCCCUUUAAUGCCUGAUUGUUCACUAACUGAUAAGAAAAUAUCCUGCUGCAUUAUUGCUGAACAUGAAUUACAAACAUAAGAAUAUUUAUAUUUAUCAUUACAAGAUCAUUCAUUUUACAAAAAAUAACUGUGAUAAUUUUGAAAAUGCCCUCUUUUAUAUGCAACAAACAACCAAAUUAAAUUAACGUUGUGUCACUAUCAAUUGAAGUCUUAUUGGUGACACUGCUGGUACAAGUAAAAUGACUGAAUUCCUUCUGUUUAAAAUUUUAAGUGAAAUUACCUCUAAAUUUUGUUAGCUGUAAAAUUUAAUUUAAAGUUUACACAGCUUAAAAGACUUCCCUAAUUGAACUAAUAGAAAAAACAUUUUUGAUAUCUAUAAAGCCAAGCGAGAUAAUCUUUUAAUAAUAACAAAAGUAUACUCCCGUACUCUGAUAAUAAAGAAUCUAUUAAAUAGGUAUUAUAUUUUAUAAUCAAUUUAGAAAGAUGAAUUAAUAUAUUCAGAACUCAUCAGUUAAACCACAUUAACCUCAACAGACCAAUAGAUUAUAUCAAAUGUGGCUAUUUUUACAUAUAAAUUAAUUAAUUCCUUAGAUGUUGUUGCCUAUUUGUGUAUUAUCACUGUUUUUAUUUUACACAAAUAAAUACACAUUUGAUUUAUUAAAAAUAUAUAUUUCCAUUUAAAACUCAAGAUAUUUGUAAAUAAGAGUAUCAUGUCGCUGCUAAUUGUUUGACUGCUGCUUAAUAAACUGAUGUAAGCUUAAUAAUAUUUGGUUUCAGUUACUUGUCAAGAUAUACAUUUAAAAGUUUAAAAAAAAUCCCAUGGAAAAAAAAUAAAUUAUAGAAAAUCAAUAGAAAAUAAAAUUUAUGGUGAAUCUCAAAAGUGUUUAUCUCUCAUCAGAUGAAGAAUAUGAAUAUACAGUAGAACAAUAUGAAUAUUUUUUUACACAAUUUUCUUCAGGUCUUUAAACAGCUGCUUAAAGUUGUUUGUAUUAGAGAAGAUACACAUAUAUAUUCAGUUUAAAAGCUGACAUUUUUGUUUCUAAAAGAAUUACAGUAUAUUCUUUAUGUAUAAGAGUGUUAUCUCAUUAAAAUGAUAAAAUAUGUUGUUUUUCUGAUAAAUAAUGUCAUGUUUUGAUUGUGUGUAUGUGAUUAUUUUGGAUUAAAUUCACAUUUUAAUGGCA